CGGUGGUAAUCAGACGUAACGCGCGGCACUUAAACGAUCGACGGCUCUGUGAAACGUUUAUCAUAGUUCAGCGGUAAACGCGCCACUCUUCUACUCGUGUGUGUGUGUGUGUGUGUGUGUGUGUGGGUGCGCGCGCGCGUGUAUGUGCAUGUGUGUAUACACGACGAUUACGAAUUUUCGACGCGUGCGAUCCGUCCAACGGCAAUAAACAACAUUAAUGCUGAUCGUUAAUUUAUCGUCGAAAGACUUCUUUUAACAUCGCAGUUGCAGCGCGACAACUUUUUUUUUUUCUCUCGCUACCGACGUGUUAAUCAUCCGUAUUGCAAAGAACACCGUCUCGACGCGGGUGCGUUAAUAGACACCGUGGUCGCGGGUAAACGAUGACCGGCGACCAGUAACUUGGUAACGCGCAACUUAUUGGCCCGACCGGACCGCGUGCACCCGUCGCCGACGACGUUCGACGACGGACCGAUGAAAUUGGACGGACGGCUCGGGUGCGACGGCGCGUACGGCUCGGCCGCGGGUCUGGGCGACAACGGGAACCGUCCCGAGCGGCCGCCGACGGUGACCAUGACCACCGCGACCACGGCCACGGCGGACCACUGCAGGAACGAGCGCGGCCUGCAAAUGUCUCCGCAAGAGCCGUGCGACUGCGACCCCGAGACUCGGGGGCAGGCGACCGCCGGUUCCGCAGCCGUGCCCAAGACGUCGGCUGUCGGCUCGUCGCUGUUCACCAUCGACAGCAUACUGGCCCCGUCCAGACCGUUGGACGCCGCCGCGGCCGCAGCCGUCACCGCCGCCGGCCGCAACAACGUCAGCACGGCCACGGCGGCCGCCGCGGGAUUCUUCAAGCAGCCCAUCAACUUCGGUCAUUUGGCAGCGGCCGCGGCCGCGUCCGGCUACGCCCAUUCCACAGCCGCCAACUUUUUAGUGGCGGCCGCUGGUUACCAGAGCAUCUAUCCUAGUUACAUGAUGGCCAUGGCAGUAACCGGUCAUGGUGGUACGUCCGGUCAUCAUCACAGUCCCACGUCCAUGUUCGCAGGACCGCCGGCCAAGAGAAAGAGAAGACAUCGGACCAUAUUCACAGAAGAACAACUAGAACAGUUAGAAGCUACUUUCGAAAAGACUCAUUAUCCGGACGUAGUGCUCAGAGAGCAGUUAGCACUAAAAGUGGACUUGAAAGAAGAACGAGUAGAGGUAUGGUUUAAAAAUCGUCGGGCGAAAUGGAGGAAGCAAAGACGUGAGGAACAAGAUAGACUGAGGAAGAUGCAACAUCAUCUGGUGGAACAACCCGGGGUGUCCAAUGGGCUAGCAGCAGCUGUAGCAGCAGCCGCGGCUAGAGGUGGAGACCCUAUGCGUUUGGUCCAUAACAUGCACGUGGACGAAGAAGAACUCGACGAAGACCCCGAUUCGUCUGACCUGGAAGUCGCUUGAGUGUUCCUAUAGACUGAAUGAAUUGUUGUGGAUUUUUCGGAUAACUGGUUAAUUCUAACAACAAAAACUGUACGCAAGUGUACACAUAAAUAUAGAGUUCGUCUUAACCAUUAAGUUAUAAUCACAUUACACAAUUUAAUUAUAAUUAUAUACAACACUCAAAUGGCUAAAAAUGUCAUAAUAUGUUACCUAUGCUUUUUAUAUAUUAAGCAAUUCAUUGUUGUUGUGUUAUAUGUAUUUCGAAAGAUGAAUAACAAAUGUACAUAGAUCAAAUACGACGAUUGCAUUAGAUAAAAAAAAAUCAAUAAUAAACAUUCUACUAUAUCAUAUAAUAAUUAAAUUUCUGAAAAUGUUCGUGCCAAUUAAAAUUUUGUAAAAAAAUGCUAUAACUGUGGUAGUAUUAAUGCUAUUUAAAUAUGCAUGUAGGUUUAUGAAACUUUAAUAUUUGUAAGUAGUAAUUAUUUUGUCGGUAGUACAUAGAGAUUUUUAAGUUAAAAAUUCACCCGUAAAAUCA